UGUUGGAUGAGUAGUUCUUGAACACCACUCCAACUCAUCCCAAAGGUAUUCACUGGGCAUGGUGACCGUAGGCUCAUGUGCAGCUGCUUCAGAACAAACCUGUCUAGUGGCAGUGCUUUUCAAUGGAGAUUAUGCAUUGUGUGUGUGCAGGUGUCCAAAGUAAUUGAAUUCACUAAUUAGAAUAAGUGUCUGGAUACUUUUAAAGAUAUAGUGUAUGUUUUUGUAUGUUUACAUCUUUUAAUUCCAGUGUCAGGUAGAAAAUUGUGAAUAUCUUUGCACACUUUUUUAUCAUAAAAUGUAAGACAAAACAAAAGUGACAGAGACCUCUGCUAUGGCUUCAUAGUUCUACAUAAUGUGGCAUAAAAUUAAGUUCAGUAUGUCUCACAUUUUGAAUCAUGAAUCAUCAGUCAUCAUGAGACUGUAAUUAGGAAAAGGAGAAAAGAGGAGAGUAAUUAUGACACUGUACUUAAACCUUUCUCAAGGUUUUAAAAAAACAGAACUUUUGGGUGAGCUUGUUCAACUGUAAAGGGACUUCCCCUUCCCCUCAGUGAUUAUUUACAUACUGGAAAUAUAAAUGCUGCUUGCUCUCUAAUAGGGUAGAUUCAGAGCUCUCAGUGAAAGAUGAUUCUCUACUUAUGGCUUUUAUUUUACAUUACUACUGUUGCUGAGAGUAAAUGUGCCAAGAAUUAUUACUAUGAUGGACUUCUGGAAGAUUGUCGGCACUGCUCCAUUAGAUGCAACUCUCCCCCAACCAUUUGCACCACAUUUUGUAGGCCUACCUCGACAUCAGGCAAUGAAGCUAGAGAGAACCAAAACGUGCGCACAGUCCUAAUAGUGCUGUUUGUAUUUCUUGGCGCUUGCACCACUCUGACUUUAAUUCUGCAGGUCAUUCGAAGGAAGGCCUGUAAACACGUCCCCUUUGCAAAAGCUCAAAAACAAGAUUCGUCUGAAAGUGAGAGAAGUUCUGAUGCAACUGAGCAGUCUGAGGAUGCCGACGGAUCUGCAGCUGCUAAUGGAGCAGCAGAUAUAGAAAAGGGAAUAAGCCCAGCUCACUACAACUCCAACCUCCCUCUGCCCUCCACUGAGGAGGGCACCACCGUCCUGGUCACCACAAAGACAGUGCAAAUGUAUAAUUGCAGUACGCAUUACACACAGGGAGUAACAUCAGGCAUCUGGAGAGCUGGCACUGUGUGAGCAGUAGGCUACCCGCUUAACACAGGACAGACUGACAAUAUAUUGUUUUUCUUGAAAGAAUUGACAGCACAAGAAGAUUGCAACUCUGGUUAAGCAAUAGAAUUGAUCAGUUUUAGUAUGUAAAUGAAGAAGCAUGCCUACUUUUGAAUCAUCUGCAUAGUUCAAUACAAUGGUGCUGGUCAGGUGGGUAGCAACUAGUUCCAUUCUCUUAGUAACAUGUACACAUGUCAAAUUUUUAUGGAUUUAUAUUUUCAAAUGAUGAUAAUUUUACUUCAGUUCAAGUAUGUUGUGAGGUUUGUGAGGAAAUUAAUCUACUGUUUAGGUCCAUUUUGAUAACAUUUAGCCAUUAAUUGUCUUUAUUUGUGUUCAUUGAUAGCAGCAUCUAUAUAUCUGUUUUGUGAUUGGUCACCCCUCUAGCUUUUAAGGUUUAUUGUUUUAUUUUUGUGAAAAUAUAAUAAGCAAAAGUACAGCUCUGUAAGUACAUCAAUAAAUGAAAUUUAAAAUUCA